AUGGAGCGCGUAAGGCAUGCGCAGCUCGGCGCGCUGGGCCGCAGGCGCCGGGGGUCCGCGGUGGAGGGGCAGUUGGGCUGGCGCGCCGGAGCCAUGAGGAGUCGCGGCAGCUCGGAGUUGCUUCUCGGCGAGCUGGCGGGACGGGCGCGCAGAACAUUGGCCCUGCCGUUGGCAGGGCCCCCCCUGCCGCCCCCGACCCGCACCUGCCGCCAGCACAUAUGGUGGUACGGCACCUGGGUGCUGUCUACCGCACUCGUCUUCUCUGGCUGCGCCCUGCUCUUCCUGGUGCCGCUCUACGUCGAUCCUGCCAUCUCCACUUUGGCUGCCGACUUCUACCCAUUCCCAGUUGAAUGUGUCACCGUACGGCGGGAGGACCUGACUGGGCUGUACAACUGCACUUGGAGCUCAUGCCGCGAGGGGUGCACCAGCGAUGUGUACUCCUGCACUCACCUGUAUGUGAACUACAAGCGACCCCUGUACGAGUACAAGGGAGAGAAUGAGAGCGAGGCUGCCGCCGUGCUUGCGGCCGGGCCCGUCGUGUGCGAGCGGGAGGCUGUGCUGCUCGUCAACAUCAAGGGCUGCGGCUACCCGCCGGAGGUGGUGUGUGACAACUUCACCGCAAGCUACGGCACCGAGGGCGCCACCUACCCCUGCUACUUCUCCAGGGUCAACAAGUCACAGGUCAUCCCGCUGUACGAGCGCGAGCACCAUGUGUCCAUCAUUAUCAACUACCUGGCCAUACCACUGAUCAUCACGAUUGCGUCGUCGCUGGUUCUGUGCGCUAUGCACUGCGACUGCUCCGCCACUGAGCGCUUGCGUCGCUUCAAGUCUCGGGCCACAAUGCGUGACUUCAGUGAAUGCCACCGGUCACCUUCGAACGUGGGCAUGCUGUCCUCUCAUCCGUAAGGUGGCUGUAGCCGGCGGCAUCUACCGACUAAGAUUUGUCCUAUGAAGAAUAAAAGGCGGCCUGUUACACCUUUUGUACGCCUCUCAGAACCAUGACCUUUCAAGUAAAUGUUUGCAUCAAAGUACUGUAAAUAUAACAGUGAACAACUCUAAACCAGGAUAAAGUAACCGAAGGUGAUGGCACUAUCAUCAUUAAGUGCCAAUCGACAUCACCUCCAUUUGCUGUUUCCACGUAUUCUACAAGAUAAUAUGUGGUCGACACAUAACACAUCAUUUUUUCCCAUUUACAGUGUCAUGCGCAGAUAUCAUUAGUGUCACCCAUUAAAAGUAUAUACUGAACUUCUGAAAUUUUCUUUUUCUCUGUGUUCUUCAGUGAUAACCUGAUUCUCACUGAAGCUAUUUGUAUCGUAACGCAAGUUACGUUUCUUUUAUUCGUUAAGAGAGCUGCUACAUAACGUACAUAUGUACAUAACAAAAAUAUUACACAAAGAUAUAUAUGUUUAACUGAUCUAUUAUUGUAAGUGGUUAAAGUUAGGAAAUGUUUAUGAUGUGGUAAAGCCACACAGUAGAAAAGUAUAUCACAUGGCUGAAUGUUCUAUUUAUAUGUCCCAGAACCCAUGUAUAGCUAAGGUGUCAUGUAUAUUAAUCUAUAUAUCAUUAUGGACAAUCCCAGAAAUAAAUAAAUAAAUAAAUAAAAACAAAAUGAAUGUGUAGAAGUAGAAAAGUUCUCCGAAUAAAUCUAUUUAUUAACUGAUGGGAUUCCAUAAAUGGAAAUUAUGUUUGAAAUAUUUUAUGGUUUGUUAUCCAAAUAUACAUAUAUAUCAUACAGGAUUUAAUAUUCUGUUUACAUAUGCAUCUAGAUUUUAUAUGUAAGAAAAAUAUGCUGAGAAGUACUACAUAUGUUAUGAUAAAUAGUCUCAUAGUAAUAAAGAUAUUUAGACGUAGACUAGAAUGGAAAAAAUUUCGUAUAUAAAGAAGUAUAUGUCGUAGAUGACUGAAUUAAGUUAUUGGCUUGCGGUUCUGAAAUAUUUUGUAAUGCUUUUAAAAUAGUAUUAAAUAUUCUAUUUAUGUAUAUCUGUAGAUGUGACUAGCAAUAUAAGUGUGCGAAGAUGCCAUUUAAUCCUGUAACAAUGGUGCAUAAAACUAACAUAUGUAUAUGUAUAUAUAUACCGUCAUGAGGAAUUUUGCAGUAAUUAUACUGUAGGCGUAUAUUUGGUGCAAACGACAAUAUCUUUGUAGAAAUAAGAUCGAUCUGUAUGCCAUGUUUGGAUAUGAGUACAGUUUCCUCCAAGAUUGUGAAGUUAUUACCUCAGAGGAAGGACCAUGAACUUGUCCUAACGCACAAUGAAAGAAUUCUAUGAGAAAUGUAGCGCAAAUUGAAUAGCGAGAAGAAGUGUAGGACUGAGAAAGAGCAUACAGUAUUAAUCCACUUUUUAUUUUUGUACAUGUAUAAUUCAGAUGGAAUGUUUCAAGAGAACUAAGAAGAACUACUGUAUUUCGUCAGAUAAUGCCAUGCAAAUAUUUAUUUCUGGAUGCUAAUUUUUGCUGAAGCCUAAUUACAAACAUCCGAUCCCAUAUUCUGUAACUAACGAAUCUAUGACAGAUUAUUUAUAAGUCAUAUACAAAAAAGAACUGACUUACACCGUCUUCACUCAUGUCAUUUUUUUGAUACAAUGAUUCAGUAAGAACAUUGAGUAGUUUUGCAAGCAUAAAUACUUUUCGUUAAUUAUAAAUGUCUUAUUUUUAUUGUCUGUUAUAAAUAUCGGUAUAUAUUUGUACAUUUUUAGAAUUAUUUGAAUGCAUUAAUACGAAGCAUGUCAGCGAAACAGAUAAUAUCUACUCAUCUAUUCUGUUACUGCUUUCUAUAUGAAAACACUCAUCUCUCCUAUUGCAGGAUAUUAAAAAGGAUAUUAUAAAGUUAACUAAAAUGUCCUAUAUGUAAACGAACGCUACGUUCUAAACAGAAUUUAAACGAGGCCUGCCGGUAUUUCAUCCGUUAUUAUUAUAUUCUUUGUUUUGUGUGAGUAAAAGUCACCAUUGUAAUGAUUUCAGGUGUUCUGAAGGCAUCGCUAUGUAAUAAUUAUUAUCUAUGUGUAAUAUUUGCAUGUUAUGAAUAUCUAUGUUUCAAAAAUAUAUAGAUGUUAUCUUCAAAAGAAAGAAUUAUAUGUGACACUUAUAUAAUAUUUGAGAAUCAUAGAGAU